AUGAUUCAGGUAAAGCACUUUCUGGUGGUGACGUGGCUGCUGGGGCUCUUCGAACCUCCCGGCAUCCACUCCUACAAGUUGUCCGAGCCGCCUCCGAUCAACAUCACCAACUCAAGAGACCCGACAGUGGUGCAUGACGCAGGUGAGAUGAACACAAUGCCCGAGCCGCAGGAGGGAGUCUUGAAGUUCUUGCUGGACAAGGUGGCACGGCUGGAGACCGAGCUGAAAGCCGCGCAUACCGAAAUCGAUACCAUAAAGGAGCACGUUGGCUUGGACAUCCAGCACGUUGCGAUGCCGAGGAGGGGAUCUCGUGAUCCCCACGCAGGAACGGAUGUUCUCAAGAAGGUCUUAGGCAAGCACCACCACCAGCGCGAGACGGGCAACUACGAUCCCCAAACCCACAAGGACCCUGUGGCGGAUGCAUCCGAGGCGCUCCUCGCACGUGAGGACGAGACUUCAGAGUCGGAUGAGACUGGUAUCAUCGCCGGGAUCCCCAACGGGUUGAACCCCUCGAACGCUAUCCCGUUCAAUCUGGGCUGCAGUGUGACGGAGCCGGACGCUUGGGUGGAGGGCCGGACGCUGAAUAUCAGCUUUGGCGGCUUCAAUUGCUGGCUAUCGGUUGCUGGCACCCGGAAGACCAUCGACCUGAGGUUUGGCAGCAGAAAAGUGGAGCUUCCGCCUCCGCCCCCUCUCUUGCCCGAGCUGCAGCGGGCUGUCUCGAUGAUGCGUGAUCUUCGGAGAGCCGACGGCUGCAACAGAGACGACAUAUUCCACUGCAUGGCCAAGAAAGUGGCGGACCGCCUCUUCGCGCCACCCAUGACUUUUCUGCCAGACACGCUAAAGGCUGUUGUCAACACGGGCCCGGCAUACUUCCAAAAUGCGAUGAACAUGAUGGCGGAUCUUCUGAUCCCGACGGACGCGGACUGCGAUCUAGGCAACACCUUUGACUGCAUGGCCGAGAAAGUGGCGGACCGCCUCUUCGCACAACCCCUGACUUUUCUGCCAGACCAGCUAAAGGCUGUUGUCAAUGCCGGCCCGGCGAGCGUCCAAAGGGUGUUGAGCAUGAUGACGGAUCUUCUGAACACCCCCAACUGCGAUAAAGCCAACACCUUCGAGUGCAUGGCGCAGCACGUCUUUCACUGGAUGCCACCGCAGUUGCGCACAGUCGUGAAUGCGGGCCAGGAAGGCGUCGACAGGGUCUUUGCGAUGAUUCGUGAUCUCCUGAAUACCGCCAAUUGCGAUCGAGGCAACACUUUCGAAUGCAUGGCACAGCACGUCUUUCACUGGCUGCCACAGCAGUUGCACACAGUCGUGAAUGCGGGCCAGGAAGGCGUCGACAGGGUCUUCGCGAUGAUCCGUGAUCUUUUGAACACCGCCGGCUGCAACAGAGGCAACACCUUCGAAUGCAUGGCCAAGAGAGUGGCUGGCUACGUGAGGCAGUUCGAGCCUCCCGUUCCCGUGCCUGAUCACCUCAUGAACUUCUUGCCUCAUCAACUUCAUACGGUUGUCAAUGCGGGCCAGGAAGGCGUCGACAGGGUCUUCGCGAUGAUCCGCGAUCUUCUGAACACCCCCGGCUGCGACAGAGGCAACACCUUCGAAUGCAUGGCCAAGCGUGUGGCAGGCGACGUCAUGAAGUUCGAGCCGCCAGUGAACUUCAUGCCCAGUCCCGUCGGCGUUCUUGCAGGCUCGAAUGUCAACUCCGUGAAGAGCUUGAUGGCCAUGGGGGAUGACCUGAUGCAUUGCCAAAACUUCGAGUCCGGCCAUGAAGUCAUGAAAUGCCUGGGCUUCAAGAUCAUCGAGCGGGUACCUCCUCUGAGCUACUUGAAUCAGCUUGGUGAUUUGAUCGCUGAGACCCUCGACACCUUUGCGAAGGUGGCAACUUCUUUGGCAAUGAAGGCUCUAGGCGGAGGCACUUCCCUUAUCGAGAAGGCCAGUGUGUCCCAGUUCCCGCCCGUCGGAAAGAUGCCAGUUCGCCACGAACGUGGCAACCUGGUCGUCGAGAUGCACUCACAAGAGAUGCAUCCCUCACUGUUGCAGCUUGCUGCAGCAGAGAGGGAGCAGCAGGACUCGGAAGUGCCAGAAUUGGAAUUGCAGGAUGGUGGUGAUGUCCAUGUCACUGAUUUGAUCACCCAGUUCAACGGCAAGGAGGUCGAUUCCGGCUCUUGCUUGGCUUUUGCUCCCCGAAACAAGAACGGAGCUCACGUUGGCAACCACCAGGAGGCAACAAAAGACGACUGGACAUCUGCCAAGAAGGAGGACUUCGUCCAGCUGGAGCCUUGGGCGGUGCCGUGUGACAACACAUGGAUGAAGGAGAACUGGAACAAGUGGCAGGGCUUUUCCUUCUACACUGCAAAGACGGCCGUCGAGAAGUGCCUAACAGUUAAAUUUUCCGUGAGCCUGCAGCCUGUGCUGGCCUUCAUCGGAGGCUUGAGUUUUGAUAUCCUGCCGGACGAACUCUUCGAGUUGGUCACCACCGUGUGUUGGCCGAACCAGAUGCCGGGUGGCCUUGACUUGUCCGUCCUUCGGUCGGAGAUCAAAACCAGCGGCCACCUGCUCUUCAGCCGGACACUGCGGCUUGCGAAGCGUUUCGGCAAGGACACAGACUUCGUGAAGAAGAACCUGGACAGCAGCUACAAGACCUGGAGGUCUUCCAUUGGCAUCGCGGAGGGGGAGAGCGGGUUUGCAUUUGCACCCAUGUCGCUUCUAGGUGGUAACCGCAGUGAAGAAGUUCAAGGAGAUGGCCAAGAGACCGAGUAUUGGAUCGACCCAGAGGAGCUCUACCUGUCUUCCAUCGACUAUGGCGACUCCAUGGAGCCCAACCGGACCUGGGAAUUGCGAGGUGAGGAUGCCAUGCUUCGCCUGAGCAAACUGCAGGAGGCCAAAAAGACGGGAGAGACGGAGGAGGUCGUCGAGCUCUUCAGCUUCAAGAAGCCGGGGAAUGUCUCGAGCUUUCACGUUCGAGGCCUGCUUGAUGGCAACAUUCUGGAGCUGGGCGUCCAGAUGGGCUACGGACCUUACCAGAGCCCAAGUCGGAGGAUUCCCUUGGCUGACAUCGGAGCGCAAUUUGCAGUCGUCCUGGCCGCAAUCCCUUGGAUCUCUGUCGAAACCAAAAAGACGGCCGUCGCUGCUCUGAAGGACUUCUGGCCGGGACAAGAAGAGCUUGAGGGGCCCCAGCCAGCCGACAAAUCUUCCAUGGUGGCCUGGUUCCAGAGCGAGGACGCCAGCGCAGAUUGGAAAAGCUCCGUGGGCAGCUGGCAGGGUCGUGUGACGAGGGGCAGUGUCACCAGGAAGGUGGAGGCUGGCCACGGUGCCAAGUUUCCGGUUGCAUACCUCGCCGGCGACCCCCACGCCGGUUAUGACUUCGGCCAGAUCAUGAAGCAGGACUACACCAUUUGCUCGGUCACCCGCUAUAUCGAAGGAGGAUUACGAAAGCGAAUUCUCCAGCACAACCAGCCCAACUGGCUUCACGGCCACUGGGAAGGAAAAGUGGGGGUGACAUUUUACAACUAUCAGUGGGUGAACCAGGACGGGCUGCUCACCGGCUUGACCGAUUGGCUUGUGCUGUGCGGCAACAGCGCAGGGGUUGUUCUCCGAGGCCAGGAGAGGAAGAAUCUUGGACAGCACGCGGCCGGGGAGGGAAGCCCGGAUGCCCACUUGUACAUUAACGACGGGCACUUUACGGAGUCUUCGGACUUUGGCGUCAUGGAGGUGAUCGUUUGGAACCGAGCGCUGUCGGAACAGGAGAUGUGGACGAGCAUGGAGUACCUGAACUCGAAGCUCGGCCCAACACCGAAACCGGCGGACGAGUCUUCCAUGGUGGCCUGGUUCCAGAGNNUCGGAGGGUUUUGGGUGUCCAUUCUUUACGGUUGGCAUCUUCAGGACUGCUUUGAGCUAUGUCGAGAGAGCAUCGCCUGA